AUGUUAUGGUGGAAACAUUUAGAGAGCGUCCAAAACAAUGUUAUGAUGUUUGAACGAGAAGAAGAAACCAAGAGGCAGUAUAUAGAAAAAACGACGGUAACACUUUCGCUAACCGCAAGGAAUACUUUGUUGGAAGAUAAUUUCUUUAUAGCUAAUUUAGAACAAGUGAAAUCCCUACAAGCAUCGCUAUUUCCUAUAUAUAAUAAAGGCACUUUUUUGUCGAAUUUUCUACAAAACAAUAUCAAGACUAAUCAAAUAGAAAUAAAUACUGAUAUAAAAACAUUUAGAACCAUUGCGAAAUUAAAAGAACCAAGAGAUUUAUUUGCAUUACCGAAAGAGCUAGACUGUCCUCAGCAGGCACCACGAUGGCCUUCAGAAUGUCAGGUUGUCGAUGAAAGAAUACAACAUUUGUCAUGGAAUCCGGCGUCACCUGAACCGUAUUAUAUACAAACUGGUAAAGAGCUGAAACCACAGCCAGUGGGUGAAGACGCUGGUUCCGUGAUCUUUCAAUACUAUCCUAUGAGUGCCGUCAAUUACGUGAGUAUCAAUUACAAUCCAGGAUUAAUAAUGAUCUUUUUAGAUAUCCGAACCCAAAAAGCAAAACGAAACCCUAUUACCUACUAAGACUCCUCUGUCCGUCUGUCACCAGGCUGUACAUGUUAAGACACUUUUCAAAGUUUUGACUUAAUGAUGUACUUCCAUCGAUAA